GGAAGGAAGGAAAGAAGAGAAGGAAAGAAAAGGAAUGAAGACAAGGAAGAAAGAAAGAGAAGGAAAGAAAGGGAACAAAGAGAAGGAAGGAAGGAAAAAAGGAAGGAAGGAAGGAAAGAAGGAAGGAAAAAAGGAAGGAAGGAAGGAAAGAAGGGAGAGGAAGGAAGAACCCAAAUAAAUAAAUCUGGUAGGGGAAGACCCUCAGGGUUUCUGACUAAAGCAGAAAUGAUUGCUAUUUACUUUCAAUGAGAGUCAACCAGGACCCAGACAGUGACCACAUUGGGUCAUGGAGAAUCAAUGAGAAUCAGAGUGGUUUUGGUUUAAGAAAACUAAACCCCAAGAUAACUUGUGAGUCUCUAUGUGUCAGAGGCAGGAUUUGAAUGUAUGUGUUCCUGAAAGCAGGAGAAAACUAUCCCAAUGAGAAAAGUGCGUCCUGGCUACAGGGAUGGUCUGUACCUCCAAAUGCUACAGAGAAGGCAAAAAAAAAAAAAAGAUUGAGAAAAUGUCAUCGGGUCCAAGAAAUACGAGACUUGGCAGCUUUGGGGAGAGGAGUCUUGUUGAACGUUGCGGUCGGACGAAAGAGGGCCGACUUCAGAAGGAGAAGAAUGCUGGAGGAAUCUGAGAGCACAGUUAAGUGCACAGAAAAUAGGCCCGUGCGGGGGCACUAAGGGGCACAGCCCGGUGGCUUGAGGCGGCUCUGUCGAGGACGACCCUCUGGCCCAGCCAACAGCGGCCUGGCGGCCCCGGGCGCCUCUCCGCAGUACGUGGGUUCCCGGAUGCUCCCCGAAGGAAGUUCGGGGACACGGUCUGCGGCCCUGAGGCCCGGGUAGGACGCUAGCGCUUGCAGCCCCACGCAAGGAUGCCCGGCGGGGCGUGGGAACGGUACCUGGAGGGGGCUGUGUUCUCAGCGACGUCCCCCUCGCCCGCGGAUGCUCCCGAGGCUCUCCGGAAAUGAAAAUCGGCUCUCAGUCCGGGAGGGAGAGUUCGGGAGUCCUCGGUCCUGCCUUUGGGUCCCCUCCUUCUUUUCCCGGACCCCGUCUCGCGAUGGAACUCUCCGCCGGGCAAUGGAAAGGCUUGAAUUUCCCGUUCCAAUGAGCUGUUGCUUCAGCCCAGUGACGUCACUUCCUCGGGGCUUCCAUUUUCUCAGGUAUAUAAAAUGCGGGUGCCUCCCGGAAACAAGGAGCCGGAAGUGGGGCGCUGUGCCGCUGGGGGGACGGGUGGGGAAGUCGAGCUCCCCGAGGAGCCACAACAACUGCACCCCGACUCCUGCUUCCUCCGACACCGGGGGCUGGACUCCCCGCGGGAGCCAGGGAAAGGAAGCUAACGCCUGCCCCCAACGACAUGGCCGAGACCAAGACUGGGCUGAGCGAGACCCUAACGAAGACCUCGAGGAUCGUGACAACGGACCCCGGCCGGCGGCCGGGGGAGAACCGCAGCCUAACCAUCAAACUUCGCAAACGGAAGACGGACAAGAAGGUGGGCUGGUCAACGGACACUGUGGACAACGAGCACCUUGGACGGCGCUCGUCCAAGUGCUGCUGCAUCUACAAGAAGCCGCGGGCCUUUGGGGAGAGCUCCACGGAGAGCGAAGAGGAGCACGAUGAGAGCUGCGGCCACGUUCACUGUAUUCGGGGUCACUGCAAGGGCCCACGGCGGACCCCCGCCCCCCUGAGUCUACGCGAUGGCACCUCCCCGUCCCCGCCGGAUCCCCCCCAGAACUGAGCGGCGCCCUCGGCCCCACAGCCCCACAUUUGUCUGGACAUUGUCUCCACAUGUAUCUGUGUCUCUACUUGGGGAUUAAACCCAUGGUUUGGCCUUCCCCGUCCUGUCCCCCACUUUGCUGGAGGGAAUGGGGAGGGUGGGACACGCCAAAAUCCUGGAGUCCUGACUUUGCUGCUAUUUCAGAACCCAGGCUUCCAGGCACCUCCUCCCGCGAGCUGCCUCGGCUCUCAUUCCUCUUCCCCCCACCCGCCCCCUCCCUGCUCUCGGGGACCCUGGCAUCUUCUUCCCUCCCCUCGGGCCCCAUUCCCAUCCAGCCUUGGGUUCUCACUGCCAGAUUCCAUUUCCUGGGAUCCAGAUCCUCCCACCCCCACCCUCUGUUCUCUGCACCUAGCACCGAAAGUGGGCUUCCCUAUCAGCCCAGCUUCUGUCCCAGUCGAGACCCAGGGGUUCGGGCCUUUGAGUGACCAGUUGCUCAAGGGCCAAACCACACUCUAAUCCUGGCUUCAAGCACGUUCUCCAGAGUAGCAUAUACCCCGGCUCUUACUCCUCGGCUGGGAAGGGGUUCGAUUGUGUCUUAACACUCAUCGGUAGGCUGGAAAAUGUUUCUACCCUUUCCAAAGAGGCUGACAUCAAGGGGUUCCCACUCCCCAGCCGACUUCUAACUAAGACUCCUCCAACGUCCUCGGGAGGGGUUAAGGGGAGAAGGGCAGUCUCCCUCCAUUUCCUUGUCCUUUCUGGGUCUUUUGGCAAAGGAAGCCAAAAUUAUGGUUGCUGGCUUUGAUUCCCCUCAGUUUUCUGCUUUCCCCAUUGCAGAGGUUGGAUCUAAUAUGUUAUUGAAGGAAACCCGGGAAGGGAGAGAGAGGGAGCAAAGGGUUUGGUAUUCCUUCCAUCUGCCCACUCCCAAAUAAGCCCAGAAAAGCACUACUUAUUCAUAGGCUCCUCCACUCAGUUACUGGGAGUGAGUGAUCUACUGUCUCCUAUGUUCUUGCACUCAUCUGCAAAGGUCGACCAAAUCUACCUCUUCACUGAGAUUUCAUUUAUUGCCACAGGUUCUAAAAAAUAACCCAACAUUUAAAAAAAAUAAGUGUUCAACCAGAUAAGAGUCCCUUCCAUCUCUGAUUUUCAGUGAUCUUUUGAAUAUGGCAAAUGGCAUAUUAAAUACAUACCUUCAUUCAAUAA